GGGAUCUCUAACGUAAUCGCCGCUCACGUGAUUGAUGAUGACGUCGAAAGCCGGUGCCUCUAAAGUGAAGUGACCUUCUCUCCGACAGAGAGGAACCAUCAGCCGAGAGAAGAACCUGCUUUAUCCCCGCAUAUCUCCACCAAAAGCUGACGAUGGGCGACGUAGCGAAGGGAAAGAAGGCGUUUGUGCAGAAAUGUGCUCAGUGCCACACAGUGGAGGAAGGGGGGAAACAUAAGGUCGGCCCCAACCUGUGGGGUCUGUUUGGACGCAAGACCGGCCAGGGGGUGGGAUACUCCUACACGGACGCCAACAAGAGCAAAGGUAUCGUUUGGGGCGACGCCACCUUGAUGGAGUACCUGGAGAACCCUAAGAAGUACAUUCCUGGCACCAAAAUGAUCUUCGCCGGCAUCAAGAAGAAGGGAGAGCGCACGGACCUGGUGGCGUACCUCAAAUCUGCCACUUCAUGAAGAUGAUCAAUGAAUGUCCAUUUAUUACUGUAUUUCUUCCCGUGUCUAUAUCUAUCUGCCACAUACUGAAUAUAUACCGUUUUAUGUUUAGUCAUUUCCGUUUUAAAGAGGUUUAUUUAUGUUGUAUAAAGUCUAAUGAGGUCAGGGUGGCGAUUCAGACGAUUGAACAAAUGACCAAACAUAAAACUAGAAUAAUGAAGAACAAAAUCACUUUUAUUUAAUUUUAACGCUUUGUUUUAAUGACGACACAUGUCUGGUACUUUAUGCUUUCAACAUAGACCUCAUAUUGAACUAAACACGAGCGAAAUCAGAGCGAAACGGUGGAAAUGUGAGACGGCUAGGUGGUGCUCAAGGAGCUGUUUACACUCUCUAUCCUGAAACGCCCCUUUUUAGAUUCCUCUCGUUUUAAUAUUGAACUCUUUUAAAUUAUGUGGACUAACCCUCCUGCCACUCUGUUUUAGAAAGGUCUGAAUCACUGUUAUCAGCCUCUUUGCAGCCGGUUCGAUCCCCGCUGUGUCUCAUGUCCUGAAGAAGGAAGCGUACGUUAUUUACCUGGUUUCACAGGAGAGAGAGAGAGAGAGAGGGGUUUAACUUAUUUGACUGUAACCUGCUGUGAGGAUGUUCACACAGAAACACACACUGUAUGCACUUAACUAUAGUAAUGAUGAUGAUGAUGAUGAUGAUGAUGAUAAUGAUGUCGAGCGGUGUGCAAACGGACGGAUGAAGGAUUAAAGAAAAGUCCAGAAAA